CUUGUGUUGGGUAGAAAGACGAACGUGUCUAAUUACAUCUUGAAGACUGGACCAUAGGAAUGAACAACUGAAGCGACUGGUCUAGUGGUACUACUUGUGAUUUUUAGCAGAACAAUGAUUAUCCUAGUCCGCCGAUGAACGAACCCACGAAGAUCUUCACGAAGCAAGCAACACGAUAAAAAUCAUGCUGCUCGACAACGGGAGCAGUUUUUUAACCGAGUUUUCUUGGGGCGAGGAGCCACAGCUUUGCCUACGACCGACAGCGCGAGGACUGGUAUAUUCGCAGCAUGACAAUGCCCUUGGCAAGAACAUCAAUAAACCUGUAGUUCCACCACCUCGCACCUCUCGGCGGUCCAAGUACCGAGGCGGCGCGCGGAAGAAGGAGAAGAGCAGACAGGAGAUUGUGCUGGAAGAGCUGGAAAAGAGCUACAACACAGACGCGUGGAGGUCUUCCGGGUGUAGGUCAUCUUUCAGCAACAACAUAAAUACGGAAACAUCAUCUACUGCCAUCAGAACCGAUGUUUCUUCUGUCCAAGUCGACCCCUUUGUCGCACGCGAACUCCGCACCGCCGCGCCGAGAACCGCGUGCGACCCGGGAGCUGCGGGCGGCGUGCCGGAGUCGCGGGUCGGACGGAAGAGGCUGCAGAUCGAGAACAUGGUGUCCGUUUGCUACGAGCAGGCUAGGGUGAUGAUGCGAGGGCAGGUGGAGGAGGUGGUGCCGUCUUUUCGAUCUUCUACUUGUUCCCUAGUUGAUGUACCACAAGCGGAUGAACUACGACCACCACGUGCUGCUAGUACAACAAGAACGACGAGAUCCACAUCAUCAUCUUCCAAAACUUUCCACGUCGUGGAAUUCUGUGCGGGGAGUGGACACGUGGCGUUUCCCCUACUGUGGGUGUUGUUACGGGCGAUAGCGGAUGACCAGGAAAUAUCAAAUGGUUCGUCCCCUUUGAAGACGUUCCCAAGCAACACGAUUCUCGAUUUCAGCAUUCUAGAUAUGAGCGGCGACGCGCUGGCGACUGCGGGAAAACGGAUUCGGGCACUGGAAGAACCGAUUUUGCGCGAGUUCGGCUACAAAAUGUUAAUCGCGACUGGAAAUGAUGAUAAAGCAAGAGCUACUUCUUCUUCUCGUAAGGAGAAGGAGAACGACCUCAAGCUAGAAGACCAAGAGGAAAUUAUAAGACUACGACGACGAGGACUUCUACACGGGGGUACUUCUGCACCGGCACACGCAGCAGCGAGAGCGACGAAAGUAAACAACGAGCAGUUGUUCAUCUUUGUAAACCCCAAAACGAACCACACCGCUCUCCGCAUCCGACUGCUGCACUGCAUGGUGGCCCAGUUCCCGGACACCCUCCCUCUCGACCUCGCCAUCGCGCUCCACGCCUGCGGACGGGCCAGCGACGAAGUGAUGGCACUGGCAGCGGCGCGGAGCGCGACCUUUGUCGUCGCGCCCUGCUGCGUGGGGCGGUUGGCGCAGGAUGUGAGGCGGUUUCGAGGGAAUCAUGAUAUUAACGCUGGCCCUCGUGAUGUGCAGCUGGGUGGUCGUGCUGCGCAGGUAGAAGCAGCUGUGCCGGAGUUUUGUCUCGAGGUUGAUAUUAUUGAACCAUCAUCUUCAACACACAAGACUACAGCAGCCGAACAACAAGUUCCUGAUCUACUCCCUCAUGGGUCUCCUGAGAAGGGUAAGCGGAAACACUGGAACCUCUCGUUCACCUACCCGCGUAGCCAGUUUUUGCAGAAAUUCCUCACCUUUCCGGACUUCUGUGUCGUGGCGAAAUAUCGAGAGGAAAAAUCCCCCCUCCCCAUAUCGAAAGUGUAUGUUUCCGAAAAUUUGUCUUGCUGAUUUGAGACCACAAAUCACAUCUGUCUUGCAAGAAGACAACUCCACAGGCUCCGCCGCAUUAUGCAGGCGGUUUGUGAUGCUGUUGGGCCUACAGCAUAGACGUUUCUCAUGCUAAACGCCUAGGCCAAAACCUCUCUACUCAGGCUUGGCAGGAGCCUGCAGUCCUCUACUGCAAGACAAACCUGAUUUGUAUACGCAAAUCCAGCAUCAGAAACUUCCGUUUGAUAUGGGGAGGGGGGAUUUUUCCUUGUGAUACGAAAGCGGCGGACUUUGCGAGCCACUUCGGCGGCGGUGACGAGGAGGUGGAACACGACGGGCAGGAAGGCGAUGAAGACUUCGGAAUAAGUACGCAGGAGGAAGCAGAGCGGGAGCAGCAACAGCAAGAAAGAUCGACAGACCCAGCGAUAAAUGAAAUUCUUGGUCGUGCAGCAGGGGAAAAUUCUCGAGGAGCGGUUUCUGGAAAAAUUGCAACGGUCGCACCUCCACCUCCGACGAGUGCAAGUCGCAUCGCUUUCGCGAAGUUCGUGGUGCACCAGGACCGGCUGAAAUACGUCGCGGAGGCGUACGGCUAUGAAAGGUUGACGAGUCUGAAAAUGUCCCCAAGUUCCUGUACCCCGAAAAACGACAUUCUGGUUGGAUCCCCUUGUUCCGAGGUUGUUGAGGUGAAAGAAAAAAUAGAUCCGUGAUGAACAGAUAUCGAGCGACAAUUUGUGCGACAAAUGAAAAAUGUUUUGACGGCUGCGGCAACUGCAGGGCAGGCUCAGAUGAUGAUGUAAAAGCUUGCUGUCUCGCGUUGGAAUUGAU